CUGGCGGAUUAGGUGGGUUCGGUUGGACCAAACCCACAAGGCCCAAGAAACAAAUCCAAAACCCUUAUAAAACCCACGACGACCACUGACGGCAACAACUGACACCACAACCAGCCAUGCUGCCCAAGGUCAUCUUCCUCUCAGCCGUCGCCGCAGCCACUCUCUGUGUAGUCCUCCUCGCCGUCCUCUCCCCCGCCCACAGAAGCCCGCCAUCGUCGGCCACCAAUUCCACCGCCACCGCUCCCAAGCUCUUCCUCUCCCUCUACCUCCAGCCUCCCAGCCGCUCCCCCUCGCCGGUCCCAGCCAACCAACCCGCCCAGCAGUCUGGGCCUAGUGCGCUCGUGUUCCGCCGAGCCAUCACCGAGCACCCGGGCAGUGGCUCGCCCGUAGUGGGGAGGGCACAGGGCUUUGUCGUCCCUGCCGACCGCUUCCCAGGCUCCGGUCUGGACGUCGUCUACCUGACAAUUGACACCACUGAACUCAGCGGCGGCCUCGCCGUCCGGUCUCCCGGCGCCCGCCUCCCCCUCGCCGAGGAUCUACCCGUCGUCGGUGGCACCGGAUCGUUCGCGUUCGCGCGCGGGACUGCCGCUUUCGUCCAGAGCGCCUUCGGAGCCGAUGGCUUCGCCGUGCCAUACCGUCUGAAGCUGCGGCUGCAGUUCCCGGAUCGGUCUCCAAUGACGUAACAAUAUGGAUCGUUUCAUACUUCUUUCUUACGUAAAAGGCCGAAUCGUAACCAUGUUUUUUUUUUUGCCUAUGGCCAUGAGAUGUUGUAAACUGAUCGUGUG